AUGGAAUCCAAACGGCAGGAAUCAUUCAAGCGACUACGAACACCAUGUGUAGAGCUAAGUGCCGUCGGCCUGGCUUUCCGAGGAAAUAACAGCUCUGCUGCUGAUCUGACCCGAGCCCUCGAGCCUCUACACUAUGUUCUGGAGGACCUUUCAGAAAAGAAUUCGCUCGAUGAGAAGCUUGCGGAAUACGCCUUCUUCCCCCUCACGAAUAUCUUUAAUCAGACGCAACGACUCCCGGUACGAUGCAUCGAGCUAGCAGUCAAAUGCUUGCAUAUAUUAGUGGCAUAUGGGUGGCGUGACCGACUAGUCCCUGCAUUAGGCAAGCAGUUGAUCAUACUGCUAACAUUGAUUGUGGGAGGAUCCCCCAAUAAUGUUGAUGGAAAGGAGCCCUUGAAAGCACAAGCGGCAGAGGAGCUAUCUACUGCUGGGUUUGAAUGUUUAAAUGUGAUAUUUGAAGUGUUGGAGGGCCCAGUUGCCGAACAGACGAUCUUUCAUGAGAUUGGAACCGCAACAGUUGUGGAUCAAACGGUUUACAUUCUUCUGGAAGGCCUUGUAGAUCAGAGGUCCGACGAUGUCUGCAUAUCUGCUGCGAAAGCUAUGAAAGCUCUCUACGCUCGAAUCUCAGAUCGUGUGGUUCUAGCAAGCAUUAUGCCAAGAACAGUCUCCGCAUUAGCCAAAGUGCUAAAGCCCACAACACAAGUUCGCCGGUCAUACAAAUUACUACAGAUCUCUUUGCGUAUACUGAAUUAUCUUCUGAAAUCUGUUCUCAAUGAUCAUGUUGCUGCUACUAUCCAAAAGCCCAAACUUGUCGAUCCCCAAAGCGAGACAUUGGCCUUGGACCAGGCUUGGCUGAAGGCCACGACUACACAAAUCAAAUUGGCACUGGUUAACGUCAUUCAAGUACGACGUCAUCAAAGGCACGAGGUCCAGACUGCAUUGCUGGAGCUGUGUGUCAUGGUCAUUGAAGAUUGCCAGGUCACUCUUAAAGAUGCUAUUUCUCUUAUGACUGACACCAUUGUCGUGCUCGCUGACAAAGAAUAUGAAGAACCGAAUGACGCUUAUAAAACCCUUCUCCAUCUUACGACUACUUACCCUGUGGUUCUGGAAUCCCUCAAGGAAUCCCUUCACAACUGGCUUGUAUCUUUCCCACGAAUCAUGAAAAGUAGUGAUGAGACAGCCAAACAGUGGGGGAUUCGCCAAAUUUCCACGGCAUUUCAGGUCAUAUCUCAGGUUCAGUCAGGGUCAGAGAUGCUCACAAAUAGCUUGGCCUCCGGACUAAGCAACAGUGUUAGCGCCGUUGUCAAACUGAACACAAAUAUUCUUCAGCCUUUGGCGUCUGUUAGUCCGGAGGCCUUGAAUCUGGACAUAGUCGGCCCUGAUUAUCAAUCAUUGGAAUUCCCAUCUGUACUGCUUGAACAUCAAAGUCAACAGCAGACCCUGAAAGACCUGCGGUCUAUGAUCAUUAGGCUGAAUCUAUCCGAGUCUGGAAAUGAGAUAACCCGGUUCAUUGUCAAUCAAAUACGAUCUGGGUCCAAUGAAACGGUGGUUAGCUCUUUCUGGCUGGCUCUGACAUCUCUCCGCUCGCAAUCUCAAUCCAUGGCUAUUUUUGACGACUUCCUGGAGGAUAAUAGCAUGCAGCAAAGCUUUUCAGUAUCGAACCGUGCUACGAUGAUUGACGAACUAUAUUACAAUGCUCUAAUCAUUUUGACUGAACUUCCAGCUGAUGGAUCUGGUGACUGGCGAGCGUUAGCACUUGCCCUCGAGGCAGUUGCUCUUCAAGCCCAACAACUGGGCGAGGCAUUUCGACCUGAGCUUAUGGAUGCAUUGUAUCCUACUCUGCAAUUACUGGCAUCUAACAAUUCUUCCCUUCAAAGACAUGCUAUGAUAUGUUUGAAUGUCUUGACACAGGCCUGCAAUUACCCGGACACAAGUACCAUGAUCAUAGAGAAUGUCGACUAUCUAGUCAACUCAGUGGCCUUGAAGUUGAAUACCUUUGAUGUGUCACCAUACCCACCCCAAGUUUUGUUCAUGAUGGUGAAGCUUUCUGGUCCACGCCUUGUCCCUUACUUGGAUGACGUUGUUGAUUCCAUUUUUGGUAUAAUCGACCUGUACCAUGGCUACCCCAAGCUUGUUGAAAUGUUGUUCAAAUGUCUAGCAGCCAUUGUUGCAGCGGGAUCCCAAAAGCCAUCUCUCUUGACUAUUGACGAUGGUAGAGAAAGUGGACCUCACGACCACCGCAAGUCUCAAAUCAAGCAUCUUUCAAUUUCGGCCCUUGCUGCAAAUAUCGCAAACAGAAAAGCUAAGCGAGCCAUGCAUGACGCGGAAGAAGGCAUGGAUGAUGAUGGGGUGAUUCCCCAUCCAAAGAAGCCUUGGUCAGAGACAUACGAGAAACCACCCACAGAACCCGAGACUAUCGAAGAAUUGUUGAACAAGAUUGAUGCCGACGAGCCUCUACCCCCACCAAAAGAGCCUGAGGAUGCUGAAAAGCCAUUGAGCAAGACCCAUUCCCUCCUGCUUCAUAUCGUUAAAUCUAUUCCAUCUCAUCUAUCUUCCCCAUCACCAUACCUUCGACGCUCCCUCCUCGCCAUCCUCAUCGAUACACUUCCAACUCUUUCUAAAAACGAGAACAGCUUCCUACCACUCAUAAAUGACUUAUGGAAUUCCGUCGCAUCAAGGAUCAUAUUUCCUUCGUCCUUGGCAUCCGAAUCCUCUUCGAAUAGUCUAAUCUCCCAAUCUUCUAACUCAACCCGCCCCUCCACCCAACCCGAUACCCAGGCCUUCCAAGAAGAAACAUUCGUCAUAACAACAGCUUGUCAAGCUAUUGAAGCAAUGUGCAAGGGUGCAGGGGAUUUCAUGGCCACUCGUAUCGAACCCGAGUUUCCCCGCUGGGAUCGUUUAUACCAGCGUGUAUGGACAAAGGUCCGACAAGACGCAGAAGCAGCGAAUAACCGUCGCAACCGCCAACAGCGUAACGAGUCCCGCAAACCAACACCCCCGGCCUCUCUCAUUCAAUCUGUAGACUUUGAGAGCGAUAAUCUAUACUCAGAUCUACCAUUUACUUCUUCUCUCGCUCUUACAACUCCCACUCCUGGCUCAAGCGCCUUCACGUCACACCAUUCUUUAUGGAGAGCUCUUAUCUCCUUGUUUCUCACGAUUCUUACCCGUGUUCGCCUCCCGCUGGAAACAGGAGAUCGUAUCUGUGAGAUCCUUGGGGCAUGGAUUUCGCUCUUCGUUGGACCGGAAUAUUAUUUCCAGUACCACAGUGGGACCGAUUCCCGUUCUGUGGGUGCUUCUGGAUUAGACCCCGCACAGCAGAGUAUGCUUGGAUCCGUGAAUGAUGCUAUCCAUUCCAUGGAGACUUGGAACGCGGAUCUUACUUGGUUCAUUUUUGUACAUGAAAAGAACAAGGCCCAGAGUUCCGCUUCUACAGGGUCUAUUGUUGAAGUUCAAGAAUAUGGUAUGUCUGUGGAGGUGGAUGGUGAAGUGUUGGAAUUUGCAUGA